AUGCGUGCUCAACGACAUGCGGAUAAAACCGAAAGUAGACGUCGAGAGCAAGCCGAAAUGAAACAAAAAUUUGACGAUCACAACGAAAUCACGCGUAAAAGAUAUGAGUUACAAUGGGAUCAUUUGGACUUCCUUCGUCGUGAAGCCAUGGAAUAUCGCAUUGCGAAAGAUUUAGCAAUUCUUCAAAGUAGCGAUGAGAAUUUGCCACCGAGACGUAAUCACAACUCUGAUAAAGCAGAUAAAGUACACUGUGUAGCCACAGAACGAUUGGCGCUUAUUCAGUUCAAGAACAAUCUCGUGGACAACGCCGACCACCUCUCUUCUUGGUCAGGCGAAGACUGUUGCAGUUGGUACGGUGUGGUCUGCAAUAACAUCACCCACCACGUCCAGGAGCUUCGCCUCCGUGGAUCUGUCGAUGGCUAUUGUCAUGAGGUAGAUGACAGCGAUUAUGAACCCAAACAACAAAUGUUAGGAGGAAUCAUAACUCCUUCUUUGAUCAAGUUAGAACAACUCCGCUACCUAGACUUGAGUUGCAAUGAUUUCGGAUUCAUCCCGAUUCCAGCAUUCAUCGGCUCUCUGCAGAAUCUGAGAUAUCUUAACAUCUCAAAGUCACAAUUCCAAGGGGAAAUUCCUCACCAGCUUGGGAAUUUAUCAUCGUUGCUUGUUCUAGAUGUUCAUGAGAACGAUAUUAGCUCGGAGAAUUUAAAAUGGAUAGAGAAUCUGAAGCAGUUGCAAUACCUCAAUAUGGGUGGCAUCAACCUCACGGGAGCUUCGGAUUGGCUUCAGGCAAUCAACAGUCUACCUUCUUUGCAUGAACUGCACUUUUCUUCAUGUCGCUUAACUAAAAUUCCUAGUUACCCGACCAGAGUUAGUUUUACUUCUCUCAUCGUCUUAGAUCUUUCGUAUAACUCCUUCUAUGGUUUCUUGCCUGGGUGGGUUUUCAAUCUUCCUAAAUUAAUUACGUUAGAUCUUACUGCUUGUUUUAUCAAUGGUCUAGAUCUCAGAAGUCAAGGUGGUUUUAAUAGCACACCCUCUUUGAGGACUCUUCGUAUUUCAAGAAACGCUUUUGCAAAUUCUUCUUCAUUUCUUAACGGGUUGUCCAACUUAAAUAAUCUCCGUUUUCUUGAUACAACCCUUAAUCUCCAAUCCAACAAUUUUUCGGGUGACGUGUCUGAGCUUCUUGAAAGAUUUUGUGAAUGUGAGUCACCUAAACUGGAAUUGAUAGCUUUAGGUGGCAAUCAUAUCACUGGUCGACUCCCGAAAAAACUAGGAAGAUUGAAGAAUCUGACAAGGAUUGAUCUCUCAUCCAAUAAGUUAAUUGGGAUUCUUCCCCGUUCAUUAGGAAGUUUGUCACUGUUGAAGAUAUUACAGCUUAAUAGAAAUCAACUCGAGGGUAUAAUCCCGAAUUCAGUUGGUGAUCUAUCCUCGUUGGAACUUUUGACACUUUCCUACAACAAUUUAAACGGAAGUCUUCCUAAAAGUGUUGGAAAACUUGGGAAACUAAGUUUUCUGGAACUUCAUCACAAUUCGUUGACAGGUAUUGUGAUGGAAAACCAUUUCGCGAAUCUAACGGCGUUGGAAACAUUGUGGGUCGGGGACAAUAAGUUAGCGUUUAACCUUGUCAACAACAGUUGGAACCCACCAUUCAACCUCAAAGUGUUGCGAAUAGGUUCUUGUAGUUUAGGCCCACUUUUUCCUUUGUGGGUUCAAUCUCAAAGAAACUUGGAAGAGUUGGAUUUAGCAAACGCAAACAUAUCAGACACUAUCCCGAAUUGGAUGUGGAGUACUUUCUCUUUAGUAACGUUCUUGAACAUAUCCCAUAAUAAUAUUAUGGGAAAACUGGGGAAGGUUGAUUUUCUUACACCGGAGGCAGUAGUAGAUAUGAGUUCUAACCAUUUCCAUGGUGAGCUCCCUAGUUAUUUCAAUCAACCUAACUUUGCUUUCUUAGAUCUUUCAUCUAAUAAUCUUUCUGGAUCUUUAGAUCAGUUCUUGUGUUCUGGAAUUCAACCAUUGCAACAGUUAAGUGUUCUUAAUCUAGCAAACAAUAACAUGUCAGGUGAUCUACCAGAUUGUUGGAUGAAAUGGGAAUAUUUGGUAGUCCUAAACCUAGAAAACAACAGUUUAUCCGGUAAAAUCCCGUCAUCUUUGGGAAAUACUUAUCGGUUGACAUCACUAAACAUAAGAAAUAACAAGUUGUCAGGUGAAAUACCGAUGUCUCUUUUGAAUUCCAAAAGCUUGUUGAUUGUUGAGCUUGCAGAAAAUGAACUCACUGGAAGAAUCCCGGAUUCGAUAGGAAGAAACAAUACAAGUUUGAAAAUUCUGAGUCUUCGUUCCAACAAGUUAGAAGGUGAAAUCCCGAAUGAAAUAUGUAGUUUCAGUUCUAUACAAGUUUUGGAUCUUGCUGACAACAAUCUUUCCGGGUACCUACCAAAAUGCUUUACAAACUUCACUGUCAUUUAUGGACAACAGACUUCCAAUCCCAUUGUUCUUUACAAUACUAUUUUCCAGAAUAUAGUUUUAGGCAGUGCGACAUUGGUGACAAAGGGACAGUUUUAUUUAUAUAGCAACAUUCUGUAUUUAGUGACGACAAUAGACCUUUCUAAUAACAACUUUUCUGGGUCGAUUCCAAAUGAACUCUUCUCACUUUCAAGCUUACGUUACCUGAAUCUUUCACAAAAUCAGUUAACAGGAAGAAUUCCCAACACUUUCGGUGAAAUGAGAGAGCUCGAAUCUUUGGAUUUGUCUAUGAACUAUCUUGAUGGGGAGAUUCCUUUUAGCUUGGCGGGGUUAAGUGGUUUGAGUUUGUUGAACGUGUCAUACAACAAUCUUACAGGAACAAUCCCAAUAGGAAGUCAGAUUCAAACCUUCAAUGAAUUUAGUUUCAUUGGAAAUGCACUUUGUGGGGCUCCUCUUCCAGGGUGUCGACCAAAUAGUGACGCUACCAAAGGUACAAAUCAUGAUCAUGACGUCGACGUCCCUAAUGGCACUGAUUGGAUCUUUGUAAUAUGUAUGAUUGUUGAAUUGGUUGUUGGUUUUUGGAUCAUGAUUGGCACGUUGAUUGCUAGCCAACAAUGGAGAGAUGCAUAUUAUCAUGUUCUAGACAAGAUGAGGAUCAAGCUCAUAAAUUUCAUUUCUCUUGUAUCCACGUAA